AUGAACUGCACAUUUCUAAUUGAUUCCGGGGCCCAGGUGAAUACCUUAACCGAGGAAUCAUUCAAGGUGCUUCUCGACAACCAUGAAUACAGAGAAGGCGUAUACAACAUCCAGGAACGACCCGACCGUCCACUCAAGGCGUACGCGUCAGCCGGGGAUAUAAAAGUACUCUGUACGUUCGAAGCUCUCCUGUACGUAUCAGAGGAUCGCCCCAUCCUGCUAGAGAAAUUUUACGUGGUGGACGAGUGUAGAUCCCUCCUGGGCAGACACACAGCAACUCGGUACAGUGUGCUUCAGCUGGGAUUGCAAGUCCCGGUGUCAUCUGAACUUUCCCAGUUUCCGUUGAAUACCGCGAGAGGUAUUGCUAUGGUUGAAGAGAAUGAAAUAUUCCCAAAAUUCAACAUGCCACCAAUCCAAAUUAGCUACGACAAAACGAAACCCCCUUGCAGAAACAUAUUUAUGAGUAUUCCGCCAGCUGUGAAGCCAUUGGUUGAAAACCGACUUCAACAACUACUAUCGGCCAAUAUUAUCGAAAGAGUCACCGAAAACAUGGAUACUUCGUUUUGCUCAUCCAUGUUGGUAGUGCCAAAGGGACGAGACGAUAUUCGGCUCGUCAUAGAUUUGCGUGGCCCUAACCGCUACAUUAACCGCACACCAUUCAGCAUGCCAACUCUUGAGAAGAUCCUUGUCGAUGUGAACGGUUCAAACUGGUUUUCAACAAUCGACCUAACGAACGCCUUUUUUCACAUAGAGCUUCAUGAGGACAGCCGUCAUUUGACAAACUUUUUCACGGAGUUCGGUAUGUUCCGUUAUGUCCGACUCCCAUUUGGGCUUUGUAAUGCGCCGGACAUCUUCCAGGAGGUGUUGCAAAGAAAGAUUCUAGCCGGCUGCAAAGGGGUCAAAAAUUAUUUAGAUGACAUAUUUGUCCAUGGAAAAACCAAAGAAGAACAUGACACAAAUCUGGCAGUAGUCUUGGCGCGACUCGAAGAGCAUAAUGUAAAUAUCAACUCUUCAAAAUGCGUAUUCGCUAGCCAAUCCGUAAAAUUCAUUGGUUUUGUCGUGACCCCCGACGGAUGGCAGAUAGAUGAGGGAAAACUGGACGCUAUUCGAAACUUCCGACAGCCUGAAACGUGUUCAGAAGUUAAAAGCUUUCUAGGGCUUAUUACCUAUAUCGACAAAUUUAUCCUCGACCGUGCUACAAAAACUGAAAGACUACGCGCUCUAGCCAAUGCUGAUGUAUUCUACUGGACGCCGGAGGAGGAUCGAGAAUUCAAAUGUUUGCAAACCAAUGCACUGCAUGCCAUCAAGAAACUAGGCUACUAUUGUGCAACAGAUAAAACUGAGCUGUUCGUUGAUGCCUCAGCGAUAGGCCUCGGAGCGGUUUUAGUCCAGUUUAACAAGGAUGGUAUUCCACGAAUCUUGGCAUGUGCAUCUAAAUCUUUAACGACCACAGAACAGAAGUAUCCUCAAACUCAUAAGGAGGCACUCGCUGUCGUCUGGGGAGUUGAACGAUUCACGUUCUACUUGACUGGAAUUUCGUUUGUCAUCCGAACAGACUCGGAAGCAAAUGAGUUUAUCUUCCAAAGCGAACACCGGAUUGGAAAGCGGGCUGUUUCCCGAGCAGAAGCGUGGUCGUUGCGGCUUCAACCGUACGAUUUCGCGAUUAAAAGAGUGCCAGGAUCGGACAAUAUAGCGGAUGCCUUAUCGAGGCUAAUCAAAGCAUCCGAAGAAGCAAUUCCAUUCGAGGAUGACGACGAAGGCCACUACUUGUUCGCGCUAGACGCCGGAUAUAUGGACAUCACACUAGCUGACAUCGAAGUCCAGUCAGAGAACGACGAGGAACUACAGAAGUUGCGGAAGGCUUUGAAGUACGGAAGCUGGCCCCGAGAUUUGCGAAAAUAUGAGGCCCAGAAGAAGACUCUACACACGCUUGGAUCACUAAUAAUCAACGACGAAAGAAUCAUCCUACCAAAUUCACUUCGAACUAAAGCUUUGACCUCAGCACACGCCGGGCAUAUCGGGGAAGUCGCAAUGAAGAGAAUAAUGCGUGAGUUCUUCUGGUGGCCUGGAAUGGCAACCGAAACUGAGAAGUUUGUGAAGCAGUGUUCAACAUGUUGCCAGUUAGCCCGGAAGAACCCUCCGGUACCGCUUUCGUCUCGUGAACUGCCAGACGCGCCAUGGGAAGUGAUUCAGAUCGACUUUCUCGAAAUUCCUAGCUGUGGAUCAGACAAUGUUUAUCGUCGCAGUGCUGAACGGAAUAGGCAGCAGCUACCGGGUACGAGCAGCAGCGCAGGACCAGGUACAUUUUCUCCGGAGCCUGGAACCGCCGAAAUCCUGUCCAACAUUACUAUGGACCGAAUGGCGAAAAAGGAUGAGUUGAAGGUGCUACGAUUAGUCUUUAGUGCUGGUGCUACAUAG